AUGUAUGCUGUAGGCAGGCUAAGCAGCUAUAUCACCCGGGGGGUUUCUACGGUCUCUGGUCCCUUUCAUCCGUUUGGUGGGGCCAUAGAUAUCGUUGUGGUUCAACACGAAGAUGGUAGCUUGAAAUCAUCUCCUUGGUAUGUUAGAUUUGGGAAAUUUCAAGGAGUUCUCAAAGCAAAAGAGAGAGUUGUUGACAUAAAUGUUAACGGGGUCGAAGCCGGUUUUCAUAUGUAUUUGAAUCCUAGAGGGGAGGCUUACUUUCUCCGGGAAGAUGUAGAUCCUGAGGAAAUAUUAGGCGAACCCGAUAGGGAAGGCCGACGCCUUAGGCCAAUUAAGUCUAAAAGUCUUGAUAUUAAUUUUGAUCAGUGCAAUUCACUGAUUGAUGUGAAUGAUUCCAAGUCUUUCUCUAGGAAUUUAGGGUUUGUUUUUAGUAGGAAAGCUAGGAGCGAUAAUGAAGAAGAUGAUUUAAGUGUUGGUAGGAGGAAUUCCAGAGAGAGUGCUGAGAUUGCUGCUGAUCUUUUGGAAAUGAAGUGGUCUACCACUCUUCCCUCUGAAACUAACAAUAGAAAUGAUGGAAGAGUUAACCAGGAUGAUGGGGAGAUUACUAGUGGAAAAUUGGAGGCCAGCUUGGUUUUGCAUGAAGAACACUUUGUAAAUAAUUUGGAGGAUAAUGAGGGAAACACUAAAGUUGCAAAGGAGGUUGAUAAAGUUAUUGUAGCAAAUGCUGACAGUGAUGGCAAUGUAGAAAUUUAUGAAGGAGAUUUGGGUUCUUUGGAAAACGGUGAGACCUUAAAAGUUGGGUCGGAUGGUUCUAAUGGGCCAGAAACAGCUGAAGAGCCUUCAAAAGCUGUGGAGGAAAGUUACACAGAAGUUGCUUGUAUCCGGCAAGGAGAUGUUUCAGAAGAAGUUAAUGUUGUUGAAGUUUCUGUUUGUCGAGCUGAAGAUGAUAAGGGUACGAGUGAUGCAAAUGAAACCGAUAAAAUCAAAUCGCCAUUGAAGUCAAACGGUGAAUUUCAAGAUGGUUCAAAUGCAUCUCUUUUGGAACCACCAGAAAGGGUUGUGGAGGAACAGUUUACGUUCAGUGAUCUUGAUGAUAGAAACUCAAGUGCCAACCACUUAGAGCAAGAAACUCAACCCCCAUCUACCUCAGAAGUGAACCAUGGUUCAGAUUCAUCUCCAUGCACAUUUCAUAAGGAGAUCAAGGAAGAUGAUAUGGAGGGGCCGAAGGGAAAUAUUCGAAGGUUUCCAAGUGAUGCAGAUAUAGUCAAGAAUUGUCAACUUACAGAAGAGGAAACUGGAACACAGGCCAAGUCUCUGCCCAAUAUGUGGUCACAGUUUGAUGAAUUUAAUCCAAAUAAUCUUGAUGCUUCUUCGUAUUACUGUCUUGAUUCCAAACGAAAAUUCUCUAAGUGGGACAUACUCAGGAAAGAUGCUUCAAGGAUCAUAAAAGAAGGCGAUAAACAACUAUCUGAUUCUCAGUCUGCAGAUACUAAAUCAAAGAAUCUUAAAGACGGAAGUAAUGCAGGUGGUAAUCCCUCCAACAUUCAUGAUGGCACUGAUAAAAGCUGGAGCCUUUGGCCCUUUAAAAGAUCAAGAAGUAAAAAGUUUUCUCAUAAAGAACAUGACUGUAAAAAAGAUUCUGAUUUUGAUUGUGCGUCAGAGGUCGAUGGAGAAAAAGACCCUUUAUCGAAAUCACAUAAGAUGCACAGAGAACUCACUCCAACACCCGAACAACUAGAGUCUUUGAAUCUUACAGAGGGAAAAAACACAGUAACCUUUAAGUUUUCAACGCCAGUUCUCGAUGCCAGAAUUUUUCUGUGGAGAUGGGACUCUCACAUUGUGAUCUCAGAUGUUGAUGGAACAAUUACCAAAUCUGAUGUUCUAGGACAGUUCAUGCCUUUGGUUGGAAGAGACUGGUCACAUAUAGGCGUAACACAUCUCUUUUCGGCUAUCAAGGAAAACGGAUACCAAAUUCUGUUUCUCAGUGCUCGGUCAAUUUCUCAAGCCGAUGUCACUCGACAGUUCUUAAUCAACCUUAAGCAGGAAGGAAAGGCUUUGCCCGAAGGACCUGUCGUUAUUUCCCCUGAUGGACUCUUUCCGUCACUGUUUCGUGAAGUUAUUCGAAGAGCGCCUCACGAAUUCAAGAUUUCUUGCUUGGAGGAUAUCAGGGCGUGUUUUCCGGCUGAUUGGAAUCCGUUCUUUGCUGGUUUUGGAAAUAGAGACACCGAUGAGUUUAGCUACCUCAAGGUUGGAAUACCGAAAGGAAAAAUCUUCAUCAUCAAUCCUAAGGGAGAGGUUGUUGUAAACCGUUGUAUCGACCCAAAAUCAUAUUCCUCCCUUCAUACUAUUGUCAACGGCAUUUUCCCGCCCGUAUGCGUGCACAAGGAGGGAUAUGAUCUUGCUCUCGUGAACGAUGAUGCGAGUGAACGGCCAGCUGCACAAUAAACCCGAUUGCUAGCAUACGGUAAGAGAUGUAGCGAUGUAUUUUCUGACGUCCUGCCCGAUUGCGUCGAAAAGGAAUCUAAAGAAUGUGUGUCCAAACUUUAAUUUCCAGUAGAAUUAGCAGCAUUCAAAUUUGUUCAUUUGAAUUUGUAAUGUUCUUCAUGUAGGUAUA